UUCAUGCUUCACGUGCCCGUCACAUGAUGGAAAUCAUCAGUCACGCGUAGUAUGGCCGACUUGCUGUUGUCCGUGGCACGUUAUCAGGUUCACGUCUAAUUUCCAUGUCUACGAUCGAAAAUGCAGUCGCCCUUCUGCGUCAGUUGGUCGGUCAACAGGCUGCAAACAAGCAUUUGAAAGAUAUGGUUGACAACAUUGUGUCGUGUCUCGUUCUUCUGAAUUCAUCACGGCCAUCACCUCAGGCUACAGAGAAGUUGCGAUCAGUACUCCGAGAGCCUUUUCAGCCUCUAUACCAUGCAUAUCCGGGCCCAGCAUUACAACUGACAUCCGCAGUGCUCUCCAACAUUCUCGGCGAGAAGCUGUCUGACGCAUAUAUUCAUGGUGAUCCCAAAUUGUACGCAGAGUGGGACAAAACUGCCUACGUAUUGUUGUCUGGCGUGCUUGUAAGUUAUCCAAGGCACAUAUAUUUAGAGUUUUACUACAGUUGUGAUUCCAGGAUGCUUUGGAGAAGCCUGCAAGUACGUUCUGAUUUGGCAUAUUACAGUCACGGCUGAAGAUGUUGCUAUGUAACCAGACGAUCCUUUCAAGGUCGACGUCGGAAAGUACCUUUAUCCAACCAUCUGCGGUUUCUUCUUUCGGGAGCGCUCGCAAUCAGCUCCACCCUUCAGCAUAGAAUUAUCCGUAACAGCAAGUCGACGUUUCCCUUGUAUGCGCAAGCUGAUGACGCAUGCCGCCGCCAGGCUGUCAGUAUUCUGAGCGA